UGCUGCACGCCUGCACCGCCAGUUGCAACACCCUCCCCCCUUCACUCUCGGCUUCUCGCUCGCCGCCGUCUUGCCGCUAGCCUGUCUCACCUCGCGGCCGGCAGCCUUGCGCGACGCGCCGCGCUCUUUUCCAUUCAAAAUUAUUCGCAACCUUUGCAAAAAACCUCUCUGUGCAAUAAAAAUAUUAUUAUCUUAUCUUUCGAUGCGGUCUCAAUUAAUAUUUGAAACAGGGAGAUUAUUUAAUUCUUACAAACAAAUUAAGUGCCUUUUAAAACUUUGAAUGCACUCCUCGUUGCAUGUCCCGCGCGCGUCGUUAUGAGAACCCCGUACUGGCGGUCACGUUGACGUCGCGCGGUGCCGCCAUAUCUGUCUCGGCCACCAAGUAGCAAAAUUAAUAGGAUCAAACGAAAAUUUGUGUCACUUCACUAGAAGAAUGCAAUGACCCGCGCAUUCGCUUUUUGAAAUUUACCUUCACCCGGAUGGAAUGAGGAGUGCACAAUCCCAUUGUUUCACAGUUUCAUAUGUUUGAACAUCAUUUGUUUUUUUGUUUUUCGGACGAUUAGAGAGUUAUCAUUUUCUUCCAAAAUUACAAAAAUUACAAAUUAAAAGAAUGGCGGAGGGCAAUGGAGAAAUUUCCAUCGAAGAGGUAUCUGGGAAGGACUCCGAUGUUGGCCGUACACCAGACUACCGCAAACUCAUUGACUAUGGCUUGGAUCCUAAGGUGGCCGCCAAGCUGGACGACAUUUAUAAGACUGGAAAGCUAGCGCACGCAGAAUUGGAUGAGCGUGCGUUAGACGCCUUAAAAGAAUUUCCAUCCGACGGUGCUUUAAGUGUACUUGGACAGUUUUUAGAUUCAAAUCUCGAGCAUGUAUCUAAUAAAAGUGCUUAUUUGUGUGGAGUCAUGAAGACCUAUAGACAGAAAAGCAGAGCGGGCGUGCAGGGUGCGCCCGCGCUGUCGACAGCUGUCCAGGUCAAAGGCCCAGAUGAAGAGAAAAUUAAACAGAUCCUAGCCAGAACUGGGUAUACAUUAGAUGUAACUACAGGGCAGCGCAAGUACGGGGGCCCGCCGCCGGGCUGGGAGGGCGGUACACCCGGCGCCGGCUGCGAGGUGUUUUGCGGCAAGAUCCCCAAGGAUAUGUAUGAGGACGAGUUGAUACCGCUAUUCGAGCGCUGCGGGACCAUUUGGGAUCUGCGGCUCAUGAUGGACCCCAUGACGGGGACCAACCGUGGUUACGCGUUCGUUACGUUCACAACGAGGGACGCGACGCAACGGGCUGUGCAAGAGCUGAAUGAUUAUGAAAUUCGAAAGGGGAAAAAGAUUGGCGUAACCGUUUCCUUUAACAAUCACCGGUUAUUCGUGGGGAAUAUCCCUAAGAAUCGAGAUCGGGACGAUUUGUUUGAGGAGUUUACUAGGCACGCACCGGGACUCGUCGAGGUUAUAAUAUAUAGUUCGCCCGAUGAUAAGAAGAAAAAUAGAGGAUUUUGUUUUUUGGAAUACGAGUCUCAUAAAGCGGCGUCAUUAGCUAAACGUAGACUGGGCACUGGUAGAAUAAAGGUGUGGGGCUGUGAUAUUAUAGUGGACUGGGCCGACCCUCAAGAGGAACCAGACGAGCAAACUAUGAGUAAGGUCAAAGUACUGUAUGUGAGGAAUUUAACGCAAGAGAUAACGGAAGAGGCACUCAAGGAGGAAUUCGAGCACUACGGCACCGUGGAGCGGGUGAAGAAGAUCAAGGACUAUGCGUUCGUGCACUUCGACGACCGGGACUGUGCAGUAAAAGCUAUGCAAGAGCUAGACGGAAAGGAAAUGGGCGGAGCGCGGCUGGAGGUGUCGCUAGCGAAGCCGCCCUCCGACAAGAAGAAGAAGGAGGAAAUACUACGGGCGCGCGAGCGGCGCAUGAUGCAAACGCUGCACGUUCGCGGAGGAUUUGAUUGGUGCAGCUGCUCGCCCGUGCACGGCGCACUGCGCGGCCGCACGCCGCAGCCGCCGCCGCGUCCGCCGCAAGCGCGCGGCGACUACGAUUAUGAUUACGACUAUUACGGGUACGGUGAUUACCGAGGUGGCUACAAUGAGCCAUUUUACCGGUACGAUGAGUUCUAUUUUGAUUACGCGGGGCCACCGCAACCGUCCGCCGUCCGCCAGCCUCCGAACAGAGCGCAACCGGGGGCUGGGUCAUGUGGGACGGGCGCGCGGUGGGCGCGGCGCGGGGCGGCGGCGCCGGCCGCGGCUGGCUGCCGUGGUGGUGCGCGGCGCGCCGCGCGUGGCCGCCGCACGCCCAGCGCCAUGCGUGGCAACCCCCGCGCCAAGCCAAGUUUACCAGGCAAACGUAAAUACGACGGGGGUCACCAGAACCAAGGGGGGGAGACGAAGCGACGGCUAGGCGCGGCGGCGGCUGCCGCGUGCGGCUGGGGCGAGGCGACGAGCUGCGCGAGCUAGUGUCCGCCGCCGCCGCCGCCGCGCCCCGCCGCCGCCGCCGCCGCCGCCGCCGCCGCCGCCGCCGCCGCCGCCGCCAGCCCGCGCCCGCCGCGCCCCUGCCCCGGAGACACUACAAGCUGCGCAGGGGAGGUCCGCCGGCGACGCGAGCGCCCGCGGCCCGCGGUCUCGUCUACGGCCGGUCCCCGCUCUGUACCGAGGGGAUCGCUCUACUUUUUUCUAUAUAUGUGUUUUUUUUUAUUUGAUUUUCAAGUUUUCGAUUUUGUAUCGCAUCGAUUCCAUAAAAAUCUUAAAGUAGGACGUUAUGAAAUGUUUCGAAUGUAAGUUUCCCGUUAUGCUUAUGUUUUCUCUGUCGUAUUAGCCGUAUAUAUUAUUUAAUAUAUACUUUAUUAUGUGGAGGGCGCGCGGCCGCGGUUGCCUGUUUGCGGUCGCGCGCUCGGGUCGGGGACCCAUCGACUGUCUGUUUUUUUUUAAUACAUGUUAUUCAAUAUAUUUUAUUCCUGAGAACGCAUUUUGCGAUGUGAUGUGUAUUUUAGCAGUAAUUAUUAUAUUGUAAGGAGUUUGACUGUUGUUUUUUGACACACUUACAACUUAGGUUACAUGAGGUUAUGAAUUAAUAUAAUGAACUCUGACAAUUAGGUACGGCUAAAAUAGAACCACCAACAGGACGAUCACGUUUCUUAGGCGCCGCUAGUCAAGGGUGCACCAUGACCAGCUGACUGACGCGACGACGGCCAACCGAACCGAACGGACACCCCACUCAGUAACUGUAAUCGACAACAUUUCCCGAUUUGUUCGUGCUUUAGUUUUUUGCUUUAUUUUUUAUUACAUAUUUCCCUUUAAAAUACAUUAGUGUGAAGAAGUAGUAUUGUAAAGUCAGGAUUUCUGUAUGUUUAUUAUCGCUCUACUAAACAUUUUUUGUAUUUCGACCACAUAGCAUGUCCAUACUGUUAGAACUCGUGACUUGUAUCAAACUUGUAUCAGUUUAAUAUGUGGAAUAAAUUUGCAAAACUGUGUUUGCCUUAUUA